UUACUUAGCCAGCUAACAAACUACAAACAUUGAGUUGCAUAGUGAGUUGAGUUGCAUAGUGGGGAAUGUAGUCAUGUACAUUAAAGCGUGGGGAAUGUAGUCAGAUACAUUAAAGCGAUUCAAAGCAACAACUCUACUGGUAUUACUACAUUUCCCAGAAUGCUAUGCGCGGUGUAACUUUUAACCUCUGGAUCAAAACAAGCCGAUCAGCUGAUGAAAUUGGGAACAACGUCGAAUGAAAUCUAGCUGUCGGGCAGCGAAAUUAUCUUAACAAAUCUAUACAUAAUAACGGUGUCUUUGUGCUGAAUUAAGUUGCACUGGAUGCCAUGUUUUCUAUUAAAAUAUUAUAGCGUUUUUCCUCUGUAGAAGCAACGGUUUAGGUUACGGGAACAGCCGUCGUCCAUUUUUUUGUUUUUCGACGAAGGAUUUUGUUGAUCGUUUUAGUGGUUGAGAAAUUUGGUCGUUUGAGGUGAUGUGGAGUAACUGAAAAAUACGCGAGUGUCAUCUUUUGUUAUAAAGAGGAUUUGUUGAUGUUUUUACACUGUCACCGUUGCCUAUUUCUGCUGUCAAAUUGGCUUAGCCAACAACAACAACAGCAGCUAACCGUACAGUAGGCUAACUAGCAGUAGCAAGAUAAAUACAAUGUUAUUGCUGAUUGACAGCUAACGAUUACUUGCAUGUGGGGCUUGUAGGAUAGCUGCAUGUCUGGACAUGUAUGCAGGAAGUCGUUGUGAUUGUUUUGCUGACAGACAGGCACUUUGGUGACAUAUGGCUUUGUCAAAGUGACCUCUCACAGUUCAUAUUAAAUUGUCCAUCUGCUAAGUGUUUUGGGGAGUAUAGAAGAGACACCUCUACCAGAAAAAACAACCACAUAAUACGCUAGAGAAGAAUACAUUUAAAUCUUUAACACUAUAGAAUAUAGUCAUAAACAUAUUUCCAAGCAGUUUGGUUUCGCAGUGCAGUUUUAGACUCAUUGGGUACAGGUUAUCGACAGAAAGGUGCACUUGUUAGCAGUAGCAUACUGAAGCGAUCAUUAUGAGUGGUCAAGGUCCGUCGGUAGAUAAAGGGAUGAACACCAUUCUGGUGUGUCAGGAGAGCUACGCCUGCGGUGGCUCAGACGAGGCCGCCUUUGAAUGCGACGAGUGCGGCAGCCUGCAGUGCGUCCGCUGCGAACUAGAGCUCCAUCGUCAGGAACGCAUGAGGAACCAUGACCGUGUCCGCAUCGCACCGGGACACGUUCCAUUUUGUGACUCUUGUAAGGGCGACAACAGCGGGUGUGGGGUGAACGGGGGCAGGCUGAGGGCGGUGGUGCGCUGCCAGGGCUGUAAAAUCAACCUGUGUCUGGAUUGCCAGAAGCGGACCCAUAGCGGGGUAAACAAGAGGAAGCACCCCGUGACCCCCUACCCUCCUCCCGGUCAAGUCCAGGAUAGUAGCCUGGAGGCUGGGGACGGAGGGGAGAUGGAGGCCCUCAAGGCAAAACUAGAGAAGGUGUGCAGCUUCUUACUGGUGGAUGCGAAGGAGGAGAUGCAGUUGAAGGAUGAGGAAGACUUUGUGAGCCGGCUGGACUGUAGACCUGAGGAACUCCUCAAGGUCGUGUCUAUCUUCGGGAACACAGGGGAGGGGAAGUCCCACACACUGAACCAUACCUUCUUCCUGGGGCGGGAGGUGUUCCAGACAUCCCCCACUCAGGAGUCAUGCACCGUGGGGGUCUGGGCUGCCAUGGACCCCAUCCACAGAGUGGUGGUGAUCGACACAGAGGGACUUCUGGGGGCAGGAUCCAAUCAAGGCCAGCGCACCCGGCUGCUCCUCAAAGUCCUAGCCGUCUCCGACCUCAUCAUCUACCGUACCCACGCCGACCGUCUCCACGACGACCUGUUCAAGUUCCUAGGCGACGCUUCGGACGCCUAUCUGAAGCACUUCACCAGGGAGCUGAAGGCCACUACGGCCCGGUGUGGCCUGGACGUCCCUCUGUCCACUCUGGGACCAGCUGUUAUUAUCUUCCACGAGACCGUCCACACCAAGCUACUGGGCUCAGACAACCCAUCAGAGUCUGCAGAGCGUCUGCUUCAGGAGCGUUUCAGAAAGCUGGGUCUUUUCCCUGAGGCCUUCAGCUCCAUCCAGUACCGCGGGACUCGAACCUACAACCCCCCGACAGACUUCAGCGGUCUCCUGCGUAGUCUGGAGCAACAGUUAGAUAACAACACUACCCGCUCACCACGUUCUGCAAACGUCAUAUACAGAGCCCUGCAGGCCCUGAGUGAGCGUUUCAGUGGGGAUAUCCCAGAAGAGCACCUGGCCAGUAACUCUUUCUUCCCUGAUGAAUACUUCACCUGCUCCAGUAUCUGUCUCAGCUGUGGGUCUGGCUGUGUGAACAGUAAUAAACCUCUUCCUGUCAGGUCUGGCUGUGUGAACAGUAUGAACCAUCUGAAAGAGGAAGUGGAUCACGAGGCUAAACACCGCUGUCGCUACACUGCUCAAUACGACAACCGCAUCUACACCUGUAAAGCGUGCUAUGAGGGAGGGAAGGAGGUGAUUGUGAUUCCCAAGACGACAGCCUCCUCUGACUCUCCCUGGUUUGGUCUGGCCACGUACGCCUGGUCUGGGUAUGUGAUAGAGUGUCCCAACUGUGGAGUUAUCUACAGAAGUAGGCAGUACUGGUACGGGAACCAGGACCCAGUGGACACAGUGGUCAGGACUGAAAUACAACACAUCUGGCCUGGGUCGGAUGGUUUUCUGAAGGACAACAACAAUGCAGCUCAGAGACUGUUGGACGGUGUGAACUACAUCUCCCAGAGUGUGUCAGAGCUCAGUGUGAAACCUGCCAAAGCUGUCACUUCCUGGCUCACCGACCAGAUCGCCCCGGCCUACUGGAAACCCAACUCCCUCAUCCUGAAAUGUUCUAAGUGCAGUGAGGUGUUCCAGGACAACGAUACUAAGCACCACUGCCGUGCCUGUGGAGAGGGCUUCUGUGACGGCUGCUCCACCAAGAACCGUCCUGUUCCUGAGAGGGGCUGGGGGCUCGCCCCCGUACGGGUCUGUGAUGCCUGCUCCCUGAACCGGGGCGUCUCAGAAGAGCUGCUGGAUGCAGCGUUGGAGGAGGAGGAAGGAGGGACCCUCAGUAGGAGAGUAGGAGAGGCUGUUCAGAAUACACUGGGAGCUGUGGUCACUGCUACAUACAUCCCUCUGGGUCUAAUGAAGGAUGCAGCUCGUCCAGCCUACUGGGUUCCAGACCAAGAUAUCCGAUGCUGCUGUGAGUGUCAGAGAGACUUCUCCGCCCCGCGUCUCUCCAUCCACCACUGCAGGGCCUGCGGCCAGGGCGUGUGUGACGACUGCUCCCCUGAACGCAGAGCGGUGCCCUCUAGGGGUUGGGACCACCCAGUGCGUGUCUGCAACACCUGCCACCAGAAACCAGGGGACCUCUAGUAGGAGAGAGGGAACAUAUUGGCACCCUAUUCAAAAGUAGGGCACUAUAUAUGGACUGGGACGCAACCAGAGAGACAGUUAAGGGUCGUGUUCAUUAGGCUCGAAAUGGAAGAAAAUUCUCCAAAACAGGGAGGGACUAUCUGUACUUGUCCAAUAAGAAAGCAGAUUUUUGUUUCCCCCCCCCAUGCUUCUAAACUUUUUUUUUUUGCUACUACGGUGUGCCCUACUGAACACGACCCAGGUUCCACCUAACGCUGUGGAACUUCCCCCCUCCGUCUCUCUGUGGCUCGGGCCAGGGAGUUCUUGUUACUCAUUGUGAUGUCAUCCGUCCUAAAGCCUUGGGCGUCACUUUUAUCCGAGAGAGGGAGAGUUACGCGUUCCUCGGCUUUAAAGAAGUUCAUUCCAUGUUUUAAGAUGAUUAGCCUGAAUAACUACCAAUCUGUAUAAUAAUCUUGGACGCUGGGUGGUUGUAUAUGUGCUUUUAAAACGGCACAGACAGACAAUAAUAGAAUAGUAUUAGUUCCAUAUACACUACCAGUCAGUAGUUUGGACACACCUACUCAUUCAAGGGAUUUUCUUUAUUUUCUACAUUGUAGAAUAAUAGUGAAGACAUCAAAACUAUGAAAUAACACAUAUAGAAUCAUGUAGUAACCAAAAAAAGGUGUUCAACAAAUCAAGCAUUCCAGGUGAAGCUGGUUGAGAGAAUGCCAAGAGUGUGCAAAGCUGUCAAGGCAAAGGGUGGCUACUUUGAAGAAUGUCCAAUACGUUUUGAUUUGUUUAACACUUUUUUGCCUGUAAUAAUAUGAGAAGUUUACUAUAGUGGGGGAAACGUGAUUUGUGUUGUAUAACAUGGCCUCUUUUACAAUACUAUCUCAAGCCCCAUUUCUACCUGGUGCUAACAUGGGUUCUGAUCUUGACUACAUUCUGAUUUUGCCCACAUUUCCAAAAAUGUGUCUGUUAUCCACCCACUGUGUCUGUUAUCCACCCACUGUGUCUGUUAUCCACCCACUGUGUCUGUUAUCCACCCACUGUGUCUGUUAUCCACCCACUGUGUCUGUUAUCCACCCACUGUGUCUGUUAUCCACCCACUGUGUCUGUUAUCCAUCCACUGUGUCUGUUAUCCAUCCACUGUGUCUGUUAUCCACCCACUGUGUCUGUUAUCCACCCACUGUGUCUGUUAUCCACCCACUGUGUCUGUUAUCCAUCCACUGUGUCUGUUAAUCCAUCCACUGUGUCUGUUAAUCCAUCCACUGUGUCUGUUAAUCCAUCCACUGUGUCUGUUAAUCCAUCCACUGUGUCUGUUAUCCAUCCACUGUGUCUGUUAAUCCAUCCACUGUGUCUGUUAAUCCAUCCACUGUCUGUUAAUCCAUCCAAUGUGUCUGUUAUCCAUCCACUGUGUCUGUUAUCCACCCACUGUCUGUUAUCCAUCCACUGUGUCUGUUAAUCCAUCCACUGUGUCUGUUAUCCACCCACUGUGUCUGUUAUCCACCCACUGUGUCUGUUAUCCACCCACUGUGUCUGUUAUCCACCCACUGUGUCUGUUAUCCACCCACUGUGUCUGUUAUCCAUCCACUGUGUCUGUUAUCCAUCCACUGUGUCUGUUAUCCAUCCACUGUGUCUGUUAUCCAUCCACUGUGUCUGUUAUCCAUCCACUGUGUCUGUUAUCCAUCCACUGUGUCUGUUAUCCAUCCACUGUGUCUGUUAUCCAUCCACUGUGUCUGUUAUCCAUCCACUGUGUCUGUUAUCCAUCCACUGUGUCUGUUAUCCAUCCACUGUGUCUGUUAUCCAUCCACUGUGUCUGUUAUCCAUCCACUGUGUCUGUUAUCCAUCCACUGUGUCUGUUAUCCACCCACUGUGUCUGUUAUCCAUCCACUGUCUGUUAUCCAUCCAAUGUGUCUGUUAUCCAUCCACUGUGUCUGUUAUCCAUCCACUGUGUCUGUUAUCCAUCCAAUGUGUCUGUUAUCCAUCCAAUGUGUCUGUUAUCCAUCCAAUGUGUCUGUUAUCCAUCCACUGUGUCUGUUAAUCCAUCCACUGUGUCUGUUAAUCCAUCCACUGUGUCUGUUAAUCCAUCCACUGUGUCUGUUAUCCAUCCACUGUGUCUGUUAUCCAUCCACUGUGUUUGUUAUCCAUCCACUGUGUCUGUUAUCCAUCCACUGUGUCUGUUAUCCAUCCACUGUGUCUGUUAUCCAUCCACUGUGUCUGUUAUCCAUCCACUGUGUCUGUUAUCCAUCCACUGUGUCUGUUAUCCAUCCACUGUGUCUGUUAUCCAUCCACAGUGUCUGUUAAUCCAUCCAGUGUCUGUUAUCCAUCCACUGUGUCUGUGUUGUGAUCAAAUUUCCUCAUCCCCUUCCUUUAUCAAAAAUUACUUCACAGCUAUUCUUUCAAAAAAUAUGAUUUAUAUAUUGUAAAGACACAUAUUGAUGUAAUCAGUCAAUUGCGCCACCAGUCAAUGAUUUAAAUGGUGUCUCUGUCCAGAUCUGUCUACACUUGUAAGAUAUCCAGACAAUGAGCGUCUGACUACCUCCAGGGGUGGGCAGGAUAAUCGGAUCACAAUGAGUCUUUUAGUCUUCUACACCCAUCUAAAAAUGUGGUCACAAUCAGAAUGUGGACAAGAUCAGGACACAUGUUAGAACCAGGUAUAAACGGGGCUACUGAGUGACAGACAGACUGACUGUAGAAUUGAUUGCUGAGUUGGAACCAUGGAAUGAUUAGAAUGUGAACCAUUCUAAUUCUACAAUAGGAGUUGCCUUCAAAUAGUGAAUGGCUCACGGUGUGUAGAAUAGCUUGUAUGAAAGGAUAUCAACACUCUUUGGGGCUGGACCCUGAAACAUUCAGUUCAUAGUAUAUAAACCAUUACACCACCUGGGACUGUGGUAGCUAGCUGUGCUUAAUAAUAUUAGCUGAAAUUAUCUAGCCUGGUCUCAGAUCUGUUUGUGCUGUUUUGACGACUCUUAUAUGGACAAUAGGAGUUGGCAAAACAUAUUUUAGGUCCCAGGCUUAAAAGUAUGGGGGUAGGUGCAGAGUAACUGACUGGAAUCACUGAAACAGGCCUCAUCUCAUAUAGAACACUGCUUAAGAUAAAUGGUACUGAUCUUCAGUCUAUCUGUUUUAAUGUACCAUGUGUGCUUACGUAAUAAACUUGACAACCUCAGGGUGUGGUUCUAGAACAAGCAGAA